CUUGUUCAGAUAAAUAUCCCGCAGAAGUCGAGCAGCUCUUCAUUCUCUGAGAAGACAAGUGGUCAAAGCAACAUGGCUCCAUCACUUCUCGCCACCGCAGGAGGACUUCUGCUACUUUUCUCCUUCUCGUCAGCGCAAAUCAGAGGAGACAACCUGGGAACAUCAUCGUGCAACCCAAAUGACGGCUUUGGAAGAUACUGUCCCACCACAUGCGGAGUGGCUGAUUACAUGCGGAGGUAUCUGCCAAAUGUGAACAGGGAUUUGGACAGUAUGCAACAUGAGCUCGAAACAAUCGCCAAUUUGACCCAGGGGGCCGACGAGACCGUCGUCUACAUGAAAGAUUCCGUUACUUCAGCUCAAAAGAGUGCCGGACCAGAUACAUACUUCAAAAAGUCAUCAAGCAUGCUGGAUGAUGUUCUCCGGUUCGAGAAGACCAUCAUCACUCAGGAGCAGCAAAUAUUCGAACUCCAGAAUUUAAUCACAUCCAACGAGAGGAGAAUGGUGGACCUGAAACAACUCUCCAUUCAGCUGCAGCAGAAAUGCAGUGAGCCCUGCAAGGACUCAGUUGAGAUCCAGCCCACCACAGGGACAGACUGUCAGGACGUUGCAAACAAAGGUGCCACCACCAGCGGCCUUUACUAUGUUAAGCCAGCGACAGCCACAGAGUCGUUCCUGGUCUAUUGUGAGAUCGACAGCUUUGGACGUGGCUUCACAGUUAUUCAGAGGAGACGCGAUGGCAGCGUGGACUUCCGCAAGGACUGGAUCCAGUACAAGAAUGGCUUCGGUUACCUCUCACCAGACGACACCACAGAGUUCUGGCUCGGCAACGAGAAGAUACAUCAGCUGACUGCCACCACGACCAUCCCGACCAUCCUGAGGAUAGAGCUUGUUGACUGGGAUGGCACCAAAAAGUAUGCCGACUACAACAUGUUCAGAAUUGGAUCGGAGGCCGACAAAUACCGUCUGACGUACGGCUACUACUUUGGUGGCGACGCCGGGGAUGCUUUCGACGGCUUCGACUUUGGCGACGAUCCCAGCGACAAGUUCUACACGUCUCACAACGGCAUGCAGUUCAGCACCAUCGACCAGGACAACGACAAGUACGAUGGCAACUGUGCUCUGCAGGACGGCUCCGGCUGGUGGAUGAACAGAUGUCAUGCUGCACAUUUGAACGGCAGAUACUACCAGGGUGGCAGGUACACGGAAAAGGAUGCAGGUGAAUACGGCUACGACAACGGCAUUAUUUGGGUCACAUGGCACAACCGCUGGUACUCCCUGAAGGAGACCACCAUGAAGCUCAUUCCCCUCAGUCGCAUCACGGCAGGCGGACAGACCUCAGGGACGAAAGAGUUUGGCGGACUCGGCGAUGCUUAAGGGAGUCGCCUGAUAUGCUUGUGGUCCGUUUAUGCUGCAGUAGAAGUGUUCGUAACGUGCCUCCCCUUGGAAAAUCUUUUUAUGAUGUGUCCUGGGUGUGUUGUGUGCAUUUCUGAUCCGACCUCACAGGACACUGAUGUUCACAUUUUCCUUGUCUUCUUCAGCGUGGUUUUGAGCACCGAAUAAAUGUAUUUUCUUAACCAAA